CAGCGAACUGCGACGCAUCAGCAUUGAUCGACCUCAAGACUCCGCCAGAUACUCCAAGCGUAUUAGCUCAAUUCGGCAACCCGAACUACCACGAUAAUCUAUUCAGCCACAGCAAACGUAGUCUAAAGGACGAGAAAGGUAGAUAUCCACCUCCGUAACGUACACACCCGGCACCAUACGCAACCAACAAAUUACUACACACUAUUCAAUUUAUAUUCAACCUAUAUUCCAAACGGCCUCUAUAACUUCAGUAGCAAUGGCCCCAUCUACCCCUGCCGGCGUCCUCAAGGACAUGUAUAGCCCAACUCGUAUGGAACCCUUGGAUUCGGACGGCAACCCAAUUUUCCCACGAAGAGCCAUACAACCGAUUGCAUUCUUGUCGAGAACAUUGUUAGCAGCCGAACAGCUAUAUUGGCCCACAGAGACGGAAGUUCUUGGCUUUAUCUGGACGAAGAAGACUCCUCAUUACAGUGUAGAUAAGGCUAUUUUGUUGAGGAUAACUGCAAGGCUAUCAACUAACCCCACGGGGCUAGCUAAGCUACCCUAUUAUACACUCACUAGAUAGAUAGUUAUCACUUACUCUCCUAGUUAUACAAUAUACUACUACCAUGCCUAUA